AUGUCUUGUAAUUCUCGCCUUUUAAUCUCGACUUUGCUCCUCCUCCUCCUCCUCCUCCUUGUCACCUCCGCCGCUAGACUCCCAAACCCUACUUCUUCUUCUUCUUCCUUCCAGUCUUCUUCAAGAGACCACCACUUCUACCGUCAGCCCCCUUCUUGUGCUUCUUUCCCUCACAAGACUACUUCCCGUUACUUAUGCAUUCAUUUUCAAAGAAUGAACCCACAGCGACUUCUUGCGCCACCACCGCCACCAACUCCGCCUUCAUCACUCGGUGAGGAAAUUGAUCCAAGAUAUGGCGUGGAGAAGAGAUUAGUCCCUUCCGGGCCAAACCCACUUCACAAUUGA